CAAAACAAGGGUUCGAUUUGCCAACAUGGCAAGAGAAAUCGAAUCAUCUGUGCAGAUGCGUCUCUACGCACUGAAUAAACGACAGUUUGUUCUCGUGUUCAUCGUGUUUUUCAUGUGCUUUGGCAUAAGUGUCCUUGUUGGUGUUGCUGGUCCUCAUAUUGUGGAAACAGUGGUAAAAAAUGGCUCUACUUUGAUACCAAAGCCUGACAAUUUAAAUACUGGGCCAUUUCACCUAAAGUCGCCGCCAAUGUCGACAUUUCACCAGCAGCUGUGGCUGACAGCUAACAUAAUUACUGACAGCACAGGAGGUGGCCGAUUUGAACAACCGUUUCUGAUGGGUAUCAGAAUACAAGGCAUCAAUGGGGACAUUCAGAGUGUGGUUGACUCGGACAGUCCAGAGCUGAAUGGUGACCUACACAAUAGAUCCAGACUUCUUCGAUGUCGUACGGUUUGUGAAGAUUUAAUUGUCCUUCACCUUGGCUUCCUUGACUAUGCUAACUACCUCAUCAAUGUUUACUUCUACGGACUGGAUAACAGCAAGUUCAACAUAAAGACUAUACAGUUCACGUUCAAGAGUUACAACCCAUCGUUUACACAGAUUGAGAUCUGGAUACGCUUUGUGUUCCUGGUGCUAACAUUUCUUGCUACUUGUAUGUUUGCUCACUCUUUAAGAAAAUUCUCUAUGCGAGACUGGUCUAUAGAACAGAAAUGGAUGUCCAUUUUGCUUCCCUUGCUGUUAAUGUACGAUGAUCCUAUUUUCCCACUGACGUUCCUCGUCAACAGCUGGGUUCCAGGCAUGUUUGAUGGUGUUUUCCAAGCAUCCUUCCUCUGUGCCUUGUUGCUGUUCUGGUUGUGUAUAUACCAUGGGGUCAGACAGACUGAUCGUCGUUUUUUGCGGUUUUACCUACCAAAGCUUCUCAUCGUGGGUUUGAUGUGGAUUGCCGCAGUGACGCUGGCCUCCUGGCAGGAAUAUAAUGAACUGCAAGACCCAACCUAUUACUACAGACUGGAUACAAACAACUUCUUGGGACUAAAAAUAUUUUUCUUCAUUGUUGGUGGUCUGUACUUGUUAUAUUUGGCUUACUUGUUGAUACGGGCAUAUGCUGAACUCCGAUCCAUGCCAUAUUUUGAUUUAAGAUUGAAGUUUAUGACUGCUCUGAUGUUGAUAGUCCUGUCUAUCAGUAUUGCGAUAACCAUCCUCCGGUUCGGAAGUGGGGUUCUGCAUGACAACUUUGUAGCUGAAAUGUCAACAAAUUACGAAAACUCGGCCGAAUUUGUCUCAUUCUACGGACUUCUCAACUUCUACAUGUACACCAUGGCAUUUGUUUACUCGCCAUCCAAAAAUGCCAUGUACGAAACUCAUUUCAAAGACAAUCCAGCCCUCUCAAUGCUCAACGACUCGGAUGAAGAAGUGCAUUAUGGACAUGUAAUACAAAGAGAAAAGAAGAGCCAGUUUGAGAUCUGAUGAGGAGGCCACAAUGACGACACGAAAUUUCACUAAAUAUGACAGUGAUGACGACUUCAGAUAGGAAAUUCUCCAAGAAGAUACUGCCCAGCUACAAAUAAAGAAAAUGUGUGCUUUCUUUUAAAAGCCUCUAAUUAUGGACCUUUUUGUAAAAGACAAAACAAAAAAUCUUAAACCACAAGUUGUGAAUGUUAGAUAAUACUACAUGUGAAUUGUGGUAAUUUGAAAGAAGUGAAAGAAAUUUGGGAUAUUUUUUGAAGAUGCAGAAAAAAUACAUUUAAACACAAGAAAUUUUCUGUAAUGGAUCUGCUUUGCUUUGGGGAAAUUUGAUGUACAAACUGUGUGAUACAUGCUCUUAAGCAUCUAUUUGUGCAAUUUUGGUGGUUUGUGAGUUUUUGAGAAAGUCUCACCAAUGUGAUAUUAAAUUACAUGUACCUAAUUUGACAUAAUUAUACAUGUACUGACAGAAGAUUGCAGUUCCAAGACUAGCAAAUGUAAUGUUUCAUUUGAUAUGAAGAUUAUGCAUGUGAGGUCAUGCUUUUAAUGAUUUGAUACAAAGUUAAUGCAUGGGGAUUAAAAACACAAGAAAAUUUGUAAUUUCUAUCUAAUCUUUCAAGAAAUAGUUAAAAAUUAAGGUUUAAAUAUAACAAGUACAUCCAUUGAAAAUAGGAUUGUCCUUUUUAGCUAAAACCCCCCAAACAAAACAAAACAAAAAACAAUUGUUUUUGCAUUUAUUAUAGAAUUUUUCGAUGGUAUGUUUGGAAGGGGGAUCAGUAAGAACUAUUGCAGUGUCAUUUUCAUUUGUUGAAUUAUUGAGAGAAAUAGUUUACUAUGAUUAUUUAUUACGUAAUAUGCAGGUUCAUUGUAAAUAUUUGUUUCUGAGAGAGAAAUUAAAAUGAUUAGAUUCCCUUUGUAAUUUCUGUUUAAAAACAUUUUCUUUUUUUUUCAUUUAUUUUCGGGUGUCUUUGAAAUAAAUAUAAAUUUUGAAGGUUGUUCAUUAAUACCCGGUAGAUCAAUGUAUGUUUAAAACGUUAUAUUUGAGGAAAAUAUGGUUGAACUGAUUACAAGGGACAUAUUUCCAUCUGAAGAAAACUUUAUAGUAUGAUCUGUAAUCAGAUGUGUUUUACCUCUAUGAACAGGUAAUCUAUUAUUAAAGGCCAGUUUUAGUAGCAGUUCUUUUGGGUGUUUUUGCAAUAUCAAUUCUGAUAUGGACAAAAGUAGUUUUAAUUUUUUUCAGUUUUUUUCCCCAGUUCUAACCAUUUUAUAUUAUGAGACAUGUCAUGCUAGCUUCAGCAUGACUUAGAAUAUUUACUAAUUCGAAUAAUGGGUAUUGCUAGUUGGACUUUUCUAAACCACAACAAAGGUUGUUUCUUUUUGUUUAUAAAUCUUUGUCUUUUUCUUUUUUGUAGUAACCAUGUGUUCAUUUUAUAAGCAUAAUAUGUAAAGUUGCCAUUUAAUUUGUUUUGUCUAAUAGUUGUAAUGAAACUGAGUUUUUCCCCCAGAAAAACAUAUGAGGAUCUUAAUUAAAAAAAAAAAAAAAAAAAAAAAUCUACUACAGGGAAGUCAUCAAUAAACCACAGGUUGUGAAAAAUCACUUCCCAUUUAGUAAAUGUUCAUAAAAUAUUAAAUUUCAAAGAAUAAAUUCUUCGCAAUUGGAUGUUGAUUUGUUUACAUGUUGAUAGGUCUGUCAUAUGCCUUUGAAAGCUUGUUCUUGAUUGGUUAACAUUAGCAGGUUGUAUAAUGCAAUGAUAUAACAAAAACUAAUGGAAUUGCCUUUCUUAGGCUUUUGUAUUAACCAAAUUAUAUCACAUGGCAGGAAUAGUAGAAUUUCAACUGCUAUUUCUGUUCUUAAUGAUUCAUAGUGCUACAUAUUAAUUACCUUGCUUCAUCAAGACAUCAGUCUAUAUAUAACUAUUUAAAACAAAUAUUGAAGGCAUAAUUCCAAUAUGUAAUUUAACAUGCAUAACAUAUAAAUAUUUUUUUAGUUUAAACAGUUUAUCCUGUUAGGGAAAAUUUUAUUGGGUGAACAUGUAUUAUGUAACUUGUGGGUAAUCAUUGAAAAAAUAUAAUCAGUAGAAUUUUACAACUUGUUUGUUUAUUAAUACUGGGUACAUACAUUUCUUUAUUUUAUUUAUUAAUACUAGUUAUGUAAAUUUCUUUUUUUACUAAUACUUGGUAUGUUUAUUUCUUUAUUUAUUAAUAUGUGUAUUUUUUAGUAAAGUAUUAUUGUAGUUUUGUAGUGAGUACUGAGGCAAUAAGCUUACAAUUGGAAAUUAACUCACAAUUUAUUUUUGUUUAAUUUUAAAAAUGUGAUUAUGGGCUUUUUAGUAGAAAGUAAAGCAAGUUUAUAGAAUAAUACUUUCAAGGAAUAUAGUCCCCAAGUAAAUCCCACUUUGUAUGCUGAAUACAUAUUUAAAACUUUGAAGUAAGAGGUAAUGCAUUUUCAUUAAACUAUACUUUUUGUUUAAUGUCGGUAAACAUUAUUUCUGAUGUCUUUUAACAAGACAGUCCUCAGUUUGCUGCCAUUAUAUGAUCUUUCAGACUAAGAGCCUUUUUAAUGACUAAAAUUACACUUUAAAGACAUUUCUCGGUUUGGAACAUCAGUGUCUCUAUAUCCACUUGUGUUUCUGAUCGUCCUAAUGUAGUAGCUUAAACUUCGUUUUAUUUCUUAAAAUAUAUUGUUUUGUUUGUACAAAGUUAUUGGGAGAAAAAAAAUACUGUUUUCGACUACAACAAACAUUUGGACAACCAGAAAUACAUUGAAUAUACAGACACCGAAACACAAGACAAGAAACUAAUUGUGUAAUACUAGUUCUUUAAAAAGGCUCUACUGAUUGAGAAAGACCCAUGUUACAAUAGCAGCAAACUCGGGAUAAUCCCUUUAAUGUUUGUAUAUGAUCUUAAUUCUGCUUGGUAUCUCCCAUCUGUGUUCCACUACUGUACAUACCGUAUUUCCUCUAAUAAGUGCUGGGUCUCAACUAAGUGUGGGCCUGCCAAUAAGUGCCGGGUCUGUAACACUUUGCAAAAAAAAAAAAUGCUGGGCCUCUAAUAAGCGUAAAUGCUGGGUAAGACAGCCGAAAACUAAUUACUCCCUGGCAUAAUUUAGACACUUUACGUGGACAAAUAAUAUUAAUUUGUUCAUUGUUUUGUUAAGUUUAAAGUUUUGUUACAGUUCGAAAUUAAAAGUUUAAAAAAUAAAUAAAAUUGUGAGUUUGUAGUUUUUAGCUGUAAUUUCUAAAAUUUGUUUGAAAAAAUAAAGGCCGGGUCUCCAAUAAGUGUCGGGUCUGCGACCAUUUUUGAAAUGAAUACGCACUUGGGUGUUUCUUAGAGGAAAUACGGUGUGUCACAUCUUGUAGAUGGUGUACAUGUACACACUACUCCAUCCCUCUUCGCAAAUUUUUUUAAUUUUUUAGUUAUUACUGUUCACCACUUUAAAGUACUUCAUUUUAGUUGUUGUAUUAUUUACUUUUUGAAUUAUCUUUUGUAUCAAAGUGAUUGACUGACUGUCAUGUUUGUGUUUGUAGUCCCUGUUUUCCUAUGGUAGGGUUUGACACCCUAUAGCCGAUGUGUGUUUUUGUGCUGGGGUGUUGUUAAACAUUCAUUCAAUCAUUCCUACGGUAGAGAAAAAAGUCCUUAUUUAAUCCUUGUUUUUAAUAUAGGGGUUUAUUGAAUAUGACUGGAAUUAGUUGGUUACAGUAGAAAUGAUUAAGUUCUAUGGGUUGAUCAAAAUAUUUUGGUUAAAAGCUGAAGGUACUUGUAUAAAUUGGUUUCAUGCUAUUUUUCAUUUUCUUCAAGAGUUGUGGUAAGACUUCCAAGCAUGCUGUCAUGUAAUAUAUAUAUAGUAAGUGUAAGGGAUUUAAUUUAAGACUCAAACGCUGUUAUUUCAGAAGAAUAGGUUUACCAAAAAAUUCUGUUUAUUAGUAAAUCCUGUGAGAGGACUUGUAUGGUAAUAAAAUAACCCCAUCUCAUUAUAGCCCACCGAAAGAUUAAAGGGUUAAUCCAUAUUUAUAUUUCAAUGUCACAUCAUGGUACAUUAAAACAAACAAAACAAAAAUAUAAUUUUAAGGUGUCUGUUAAGCAUACUUCUGUUCAAUAUACAGACUAUUUAUUAAUAUAUAUAUAUAUUUUUUAAAUUGUAAUAAACACAACUUUACAAAGAAUUUAAAAGAAUAAACUAGACAUAAAAAUAUUUGUUUCCUAAAGCUGAACAUACAUUUUAAACUUAGGAUGGUGGAAACAAAAAACGAAAACAAAAUAAAAACAAAACUGUUUUGAAAGGUCAUUAAACUGAACCUGCAGCUUGUCAGGCAAGUCCUGUAUUCCUUAAUUUUUUGUGAUCCUUAUUGCAUUAAAGUAUGGAUCAUGGUUGCACUGGACAAAAACAUCUUCAAAGAUUUUGGUUGAUGAUUCUUAAAACACAUAUAAGUCUCAUUAAUUGCUUACUUGCAUAUACAUGUAUCACCUUUGUUACAUUAUUUAAUAUUAUGUUACUUUUUGUUAUGUAUUUUAUAAAAAAAAUUGUUUGGUCUUUAUUGAUGGUGAAGCCAGCCAUGACAAUCAUAUUUCAACAAAACAGUCAGUUAUUCAGAACAUGAACCUAGUCUGUCAGAAAGCUUGCCUUGUUCACAGAUAUUAGUAAAUUGAGAAUAAAUAAAACAUGUUACGUUCUUCAACCUGCACAUUUAUGAUGCAGCAGGUGGCUGAAAUCAUACAUUCAUCCCAAUGUAAA